AUGUUAGUUGAAGCAGGCGGUCCUGAGAAUUUGACUUUCUUGCAAAAAGAUUGUAGGAACUAUAUUGAAAAAGUUAGGAGGAUGCGACUUGGUGCCGGAGAUGUUUAUGCAAUCCAAAAAUAUUUUUUGAAGAUGCAAAAAGAUAAUGCAAAUUUCUUUUACAUGAUGGAUUUAGAUGAUGAGGAUCGAUUACAGAAUGUUAUAUGGGUAGAUGCAAGAAGUAUGGCUGCAUUUAAGGAAUUUGGCGACGUUGUCACAUUUGACACUACAUACUUGACCAACAAGUAUGAUAUGCCAUUUGCGGCGUUUGUUGGUGUUGACCAUCAUGGGCAUUCAACACUCUUAGGUUGUGGGUUAAUCUCCCAUGAGGACACAGAGACUUUUGUUUGGCUUUUUGAAUCUUGGCUUGCAUGUAUGUGGAAUUGUGCUCCAAAUGCAAUAAUCACUGAUCAAGACAAGGCGAUGCAGAAUGCAAUCGAGAUUGUGUUUCUCGGUACACGACAUAGAUGGUGUUUGUGGCAUAUAAUGAAGAAAUUGCCGGAAAAGUUAAGGGGUUACAGCGAAUACGAACGUAUUAAGUUUGCUUUGCAAAAUGCUAUGUAUGAUUCAUUGACACGUGAGGAGUUCAAACAACGUUGGACUGGAUUCAUUGAUAAAUACAACCUUCACAACAAUGAGUGGUUACUUGGAUUGUAUAAUGAAAGACAACGUUGGGUGCCAUCAUUUGUAAAAGACACCUUUUGGGCCGAAAAAGAAAAGGAGGUUGAUUUUAGAUCAUGGAAAUCAUGGAUUCCUUGCAUAACCGGUUAUCCGAUGGAGAAACAAUUUCAGGAGGCAUACACGACCACAAAAUUCAAAGAGUUUCAGCAAGAGCUUACUGCUAAGUUGCAUUGUGAGAUAUCUUCUUUCCGGGCCACUGAAUCUGAAAUAGAAUAUAUUGUAAAAGAAGUUGUCAUGGUUGGGGAGACAUGUCGUAGUGUGCCUUUUGUGGUUUGCUAUGAUGACCGUGGUUGUGAUGUUCUUUGCAACUGUCGAUUGUUUGAGUUUAGAGGAAUUAUUUGUCGACAUGCAAUAACGGUAUUGCUUCAUAAAGAGAUUUAUCAUAUACCUGAAAAGUUCAUUUUAAGAAGGUGGAGGAAAAAUGUAUAUAGAUGCCACACGAAGAUUAGAGUUAGUUAUAAUAGCUGGAGCAUGACUACUGAAGGAGAACAGUUUGAUCAGUUGUCUAAUUCAUUCUCUGAGGUGGCUGAUUUAGCCUAA